AUGAUUGAUAAGACUGCUGGCAGCGUCCUCAUCCCCAAACCGCUACUCCGGGCGCCUGAAGGAGCAGAACAGAACAGUAUCCCAUUGCCAGGUUCUCUCCCCUUCUGGGGGCCAGAAUUAGAGCAGUUGGACCAUAUAACCUGCUCCUUGAAUGCCCCAUGCUCUCAGAGUCUAACUCUAUUUGCCAUUCUCUUGCAACCUCACCAAGGCACAGCCAGAGCAGAAGCUGGGUUCGAGGUCACGACGGUGAGGAGUACCAGGGUGGUGCUGGAUAACACCAUCUGCCCAGCAGAAAUCCUCAUCAAUGAUGGCAAGAUAGUCAGCGUUCUGCCCGGGAAGAGCAGAACCUAUGCCAGUGGAGAGAAGGUGCUGGACGUUGGAGAUCUGGUGGUUAUGCCUGGAAUCAUAGACCCUCACAUCCAUGCCUGUGAGCCAGGGCACACAGUCUUGGAGAGUUACUCUUCUGCAACAAAGGCUGCAGCUGCAGGAGGCAUCACAACCAUUGUGGACAUGCCCAUGAACUGUCUUCCCCCAACCACAACUAUGGCAAACUUUGAUGCCAAGCUGAAGUCUGCCAGAGGACAGUGCCACGUGGAUGUAGCCUUCUGGGGUGGUGUCAUCCCUGGAAACCAGGAUGAGCUCCUGCUGAUGCUGCAAGCUGGAGUCCCAGGGUUCAAGUGCUUCCUGACUGGAUGUAGUGACAAUGAGUUCCCCAGUGUCUGCCUCCAAGACCUGCACAUGGUAAUGAAUGAACUUGAAGGCACAGAGUGUGUUCUCUUGUUCCACGCAGAGCAGGAUCUGGGCCAGUGGGAACCUGUGGCAGAGGACCCAGCUGAGUACAAGUCCUUCCUGGACUCCUGCCCUGAUGCCAUGGAAGUAGAUGCCAUCCACACCAUUGCUGACCUCUGCCUCCAGUACAAGAUGCCCUGCCACAUUGUUCACCUCUCCUCUGCUCAAGCCCUGCCCAUCAUCAGGAAGGCUCGUCAGAAGGGUGCACCACUCACUGUGGAGACAGCACACCACUACCUCACCCUGACCUCUGAACACAUCCCACCUGGAGGCACCUACUACAAGUGCCGCCCCCCUAUCCGGGGCAAGAACAACCGGGAGCAGCUCUGGGCAGCUCUGCAAGAAGGGCUGAUUGAUAUGGUUGUCUCAGCACACAAUCCCUGCCCACCAGACCUGAAACACCUGGAUGAAGGAGAUUUUUUCAAGGCCCAAGGAGGGAUUUCCUCACUGCAGUUUGGGCUCCCUCUGUUCUGGACCUCAGCAAAAUCCAGGGGAUUCUCCCUUCAUGACCUGGUGCAACUGAUGUGCACACGUCCUGCUGCUCUGAGCAGACUGGAAGACCAGAAGGGGUCACUGAGGCCAGGAAUGGAUGCUGAUUUGGUGAUCUGGGAUCCGGACAAGGAGUUUGAGGUGAAGAGAAACAUGAUUCACCAUAAGAACAAGCUAACCCCGUAUCUUGGCUUCCGGCUUUGUGGAGAGGUGUUUGCUACUCUUGUACGUGGCAGAUUGGCUUAUCUGAAAGGGAAGUUCUCAACCAAACCACAGGGAGAUCUGCUUGUGACUCAGAGAAAAACAUCCAUAAGAAUCACCUCCCCAUACUACUGAAAGGAAAGGAGGAGAGGGAGGACCACGAGACCAACUAAACCUAUGAGAAGCUCCAAUACAGAUCUGGAAAGAGAAGAGGACUCCUUGGGGUGGGUAGGAGAGGGAAAAGCCAUGGAAGCAGAGGGAAUGGCAGUUUCCUUAGUGUGCUUACAUAAACUCAUACCUGAAACAAAAAGA